GCCGCCGCCCCCGCCCCCGUCCCCAGCACAGGGCUGCGCCCCCAGGGUCAGGGCCCGGACGGGAGGAGGGCCCCGAGAGCAGGGAGCCUGUUCCAGUUAGAGGGGCGGAAGGCUCGGGACGAGACCCCCGGCAGACCCCUGAACAGAGCCGCUGCAGGAGCCUCAAUGUGCAGGAAGAAGUAAAACAGGGAUCUGGGCAGAGAAAUGCACCGAAAUCACUUCCAGAUACGUUAACUGAGAUACAAACCAGAACUUGCCGACGAUGGAGACCCGGCCUUAGUUAAGGCCCUUGAGCCCGAGCAGGGAGCAGCUUGAAGAUGCUGAUCUGGGGGAAGACAGAGGGCUUGUCCCUUCAGACACCCUGGGAGAAGACCCGGGUGGAUGCUCACGUCGUCGCCCUAGCCCUUCGCACCUCCAGGGCUGGAAUUCUGAAGUCCGCCUCAUGGGGCGUGACCUUUGCUCUUUGCCUCCAGAUUCAGACUCGGAUUGCCAAUGAAAAGUACCUGAGGACCCACAAAGAAGUGGAGUUUCUCAUAAGUGGCUUCUUCAGAGAGAUGUUUUUGCAAAGGCCAGACAACGUCCGGGAGUUCGCCUCAGACUAUUUCACGGAUCCAACACUUCCCAAGAAGAUUCACUUGCAGCUAAUUAAGGAGAAGAAAGCGGCUUAAUUAGCAAAAUCAUGAUGCUCAGCUGCUGAGAGAGACCAGAAGGGAUCCAGCCUGGGGUCAUCUGGGAGGAAGAGGGCGCUGUUGUCACCGUGGGGGUUUCUGAGCUGCCUGGGGCCGCCUGCUGCUGCGAGGCUUUCGAAGGUGCUCAUUAAAAACGACCUUCCUGC